AGCAAAGGCGCCGUUUAAACUUAAACACAAGCCGGUAAAACUAACUCGAUGAAGUUUGUUCAUAAUUACUUUGAUUUCAUUUUAGUGGUUUUAAUUUAAAUUUAGUUUAGAGAAGAAUUAUAUCUCCGUGGGAAGUCUCACCAAAAGAGGCCGAGAAGACUGCCCUGGAUGCACACACAUACCCAUGGAGACCCUCACACACCGAUGCACACAUUUUAAAACAUCAAAAGUAACUGGAGUUCUGCAUGUGUGACUUCACUUAUCGCAUGGACCGACGACUUCUACAGACCUCAUAGAGGACGCCAUUGGAAAACAUCUUUUUUUGGGCAAACUUAGUCUUUGGUAUUUUGUGGGGAUUUUUCUCUUUUGCUGGAAUUUCUUGCACAUCAUCGCUUUGGUAAUUAUGCACUUCAAUGGCUAAAAGUGGCUCAGUGGCCAGAAUGGAGGGUGAGGAGAAUUCAAUUCGUCUUUUUUGCUACAGGAUGAAGGCCUCCUGUCUGGAGCUUGCUUUGGAGGGGGAGCGUCUGUGUAAGAAAGGCGAUUACAGUUCAAGUGUUCCAUUUUUUGAGGCAGCCAUGCAGGUGGGGACAGAAGACCUGUUGGUGCUGAGUGCCAUCUAUAGUCAGCUAGGCAAUGCCUACUUUCACCUGUGUGACUACACCAAGGCUCUGGAGUUCCACCACCAUGAUUUAACUUUAACCAGGACAACAGGGGAUAUCCUUGGCGAAGCCAAAGCCAGUGGAAACCUGGGGAACACACUAAAAUUGUUAGGACAUUUUGAUGAAGCCAUAGUCUUCUGCCAGAGGCAUCUGGAUAUCUGCACAGAUGUUGGGGACAAAGUGGGACAGGCCAGAGCUCUGUAUAACUUUGGGAAUGUGUACCAUGCUAAAGGAAAGAGUGCCUGUAGCAAUGACUCAGAUCCUGGAAACUUUCCAGAGGAGGCCACUGCAGCACUUAAUAAAGCAGCCGAGUUCUACAAGGAGAAUUUGCACAUUCUCAAGGAGAUGGGAGACCGAGCUGCUCAGGGACGUACUUAUGGAAAUCUGGGAAACACUCAAUAUCUGCUCAGCAACUUCUGCAAUGCUGUGGCUUCUCACCAACAGAGGCUCCUCAUUGCAAAAGAGUUGAAUGAUCUGGCAGCAGAACGAAGGGCUUAUUGUAACCUUGGAAAUGCCUACAUUUUUCUGGGAGAGCUUGAGAAGGCUGCUGAACAUUACAAGAAAGCUCUUCAGUUGGCGAGACAGUUAAGGGAUCAGGCUGUGGAGGCUCAGGUCUGCUAUAGCCUAGGCAACACCUACACUUUACUUCAGGACUAUGAGAGAGCAAUAGACUAUCAUCUCAAACACCUCAUUAUAGCCCAGGACCUUGGCGACAGUGUUGGCGAAGGCCGUUCCUGCUGGAGUUUAGGUAAUGCGCACACAGCCCUCGGAAAUCAUGACCAGGCCAUGCACUUUGCAGAGAGACAUCGUGAAAUCUCUAACAAGACAGGUGACUGCUGUGGUGAGCUGACUGCUCGUAUGAAUGUGUCUGAUCUCCAGUCUGUCCUCGCUCUCAGUUACAGUACAAACAAUUCUGUCUUGUCAGAGAACAAAGAGAUUAAUUAUAAUCUGCAUGGAGCAAGACCAAGGAUGAGCAGACGUUUCAGCAUGGAGAAUUUGGAGUUGAUGACACUUGCACCGGAAAAGCUCAAAAAGUGGGGCACUGAGGUUCUAUGUAUGCAGCCAAAGGCUAAGUUCUCCUCUAAAUUCUUCUUCAUGAAUCGUCUACGAGGGAAGAACAGCUCCAGCUCCAGUAAACAGAAGCAGCCAACUCAGAAAUGUGUAAAUGCGGAUAUGUUGGGCAAUGAAAGCUUUCUUGACCUGCUAAGUCGUAUCCAAGAAAACAGAAUGGAUGACCAACGUUGCUCUAUUCAGAAGGUGCUAGGCCACCAGUCCAAUACUAUUUCUGACCCUUCCUCCUCAUGUUCAUCUCAACCCACAAAUAUGAAGAAGUCCUUUUCAGAAUCUGCAGUCUCACAAGGCCAGGACACAGUUUUAGGAAUCGUGGCUACUGUUGAAAGUCGGCGGCUAGAGGAUCAGAGAGCUGUGGGAAGUGAGCCUGUGUUGUGUAAAUUCCAAACAAACCCGAAAAGCAGCAGGCAGACUGUCCUCAGCCAGUUCAUGACCAACCUGGAUCCAUCUGAACCUGAUGAUUGCUUCUUUGACAUGCUGCUCAAGAGCCAGGGUUCUCGUUUAAAUGAUCAGAGGUGUGCCCCACCUCCUGCCCUGAUCCAUCAACCUACUGUCCCUGAUGAGGACUUCUUAAGUCUCAUCAUCCGUUCUCAGGCCAAGAGGAUUAAUGAACAAAGGGCCGCAUUGCCCUCCAUCGACUGAACACUAUGCACAUUCACAAACACACACUUUCCUCCGUUGUACUGAGCACACAUACACACCAGGGUUUUUUUUACACUUGUCGCUAACAUAGAGUUUGUUUUAUGUUUGUUUGCCAAUUCCCAUGAUUUAACCAAGGAUGAUGAAGGCUAAUAUUUGCUUUGUUUGAAACUUGUGACAAUUGGAUUAUAAUGCUCUAAUUAACAAUGGUAUGAUACCUCUCCCAUUCAGGGCUCCCCAUAUUCCAUGCCAAAGAUAGUUGUAGUAUCAUUUGUAUUUUUAGAACCCCAACUAAGCUCUGACACAUUUCCAUUUUGUUUUUACUUUCCUGCCUGAUGUCCACUAAAAGUUUUAAACAACAUGAUAUGCAAGUGUUAAAGCAUUGCUAACCCUAACCAUGAUGCACAUGAUUAUUUCUAUGCUGAUUAUGUUGAUCCUCCACUGAUCACUACACUUAUCCCCAUGAGGACCAGUUUUUGGAAUUUGGGAAAUUUAUUUUAAAGACCACUUGCAAGGGACUUCCACAGCACAUGAAGCUGUUGCAGUGACACAGGUAGACUUUAGUAUUUGAAGUUAGCUCAACAUAUGGCAUUUGUCUUCUAAAUCAUAAAAAGAAAUGCUUAUAUUUGACAAGAAUGUUCUUAGUUUUUAGCAUGUUUGUAUUUUCAUUGAACAUAAAAGCACAGUUUACAGUUUUUACAGUUCUUUUUAAAACAAGUACUACAUGAAUAAGAGAGUUAUGUUAAUAGAUGCAUUUAAAUGAUAGCAAUUAUGGCAUUGAUUAGUUAGAAAUGGUUGGAAUUAGGUCUUUGUACAUAUUAACGUGUACAUCUGGCAUUUCAGUUGCGUAAUAAAAAUGCUUACUGCUCACA